AUGGCUUUUGUAUAUUAAGCAGAAAGAAAUAUGCUGAAUAAACCUUCUGGAGCACCUUCAAAUGUAAAACAGAUUUAACUGAAAUAGGUUGGUCCUGGUAGUUACCUUUCUCAUGAAUAGUUCAGGAUAAAGUAGGGGAAUGCUCCAUUCGAUACACAAGUUACAAGAACUCAAUAAUUAAGAUAAGAUAACUCUCCUGGUCCUGGGAGUUAUAAUAUCUUUAAUGAUGUGCAAGGGUACAUUUCCUUCAUCAAUUUUCAUCUUAGACAAAAUAUAGUGCUGCAAUCCUCUUAAUCUGAUGUAAAGGUUGUUGAGAAACCUCAGCCUCAAUCAGUUUUCGCAUCCUAAUCUAAACGAUUCCAUCACCCUAAAACAAUGCUUUCGCCUGGGGAUUUCAGUCCAGGAACAUAUGAUACAAACAAUAGUGGGACUAAAGUUAUUCAACAACAAUAUACAUCUCAACAUUACAUUGAAACCAUAAUGAAAUUGAAUAAAUAUCAAUCGAUACCAUCUAUACCUUCAUCAAAUUAAGUAUAUGGAUACCUAGAGAAAGGAACUCAUGAUUUGGAGGUAAACAAAUUUCCAUUCCCAUAAUUUACAGGUCUUUAAUAAGAUUCAGUUGGUCCAGGCCAAUAUGAUGUGAAGGAUGCCUUUCAAUAAAAUAAAUACAAAGGAAGUUUUUGGCACAAAUCUAAGGCCCCAAGAUUAGCACCCACUAUCUCAAAGGAAAAGGAACUAAUGGUUGGUCCUGGAACCUAUGAUCCAAAUACAUCUGUAGUACCAUUGCAUAAGUUAAAUCCAUCUGGAAAUUUCCAAUCGAAAUCUCAAAGAAUGUUUGAUUCUACUAAAGAAGAGAAAUAAAAAUAGUUUAUGAAAAUCUUCUUUGAUAAGUAAAAGAAUAUGGUCUAAAAGAACGGAGCCAAUUAUAUAGAGGAUGAUGAAUAUGUUUUUUGUGAUGAUACCACACCAGGACCUGGAUAAUAUUUAGGAAAUAUCUCAAAUCAAUCAGCCAUUUCAACCAAUACUCAAUCUACUACCAAGAUUGGAAAAAACUGUUUUGGAUCAAAAAGUAGAAGAUUUCAAGAGAAAAAAAUGCCUUGUUAUGUUGGUCCUGGAGAUUAUGAAUUGGAGAAAGAUUUCAUCAAAGAGGCGAUAUCUUCAAAGCAAACUCCUUUUCAAUCCACGAAUUUACGUUUUGAAGCUAAGGGUUAAGAGAAACGUCCAGGACCAUAAGCAUAUAACCCAAAAAUUACUUUAGAGGAUAGAUUGAUAAAGAAAUUAGAAAGAGCUCCGAUCGGAAAUUUUGGAUCAAAUUAAUAGAGAUUUAAACCACAGGAAGAUGAAGUACCAGGCCCAGGAGCAUAUGAUUAACACAAAAAGGAAGUUAAAACAAUUGCAUCUGUGUUUACUUCAAAAACGAAAAGAGGAGAUGCAGCACCUGUUUCUAAGGAUCAUUUUCCUGCACCAGGUGCAUAUGAUGUCAAAAAUUACACAAUAGAAUAAAUGACAAAAGUUGAAAAGGAAGAAGAUCCUGAUUUGGCAAUUAAUAAACCAGCCUUUGGAUCAUCGAUACCUCGAUUCAUGCAUAAAGAAAAGAAACCCAUUGAUGAAGUUUAAGAUGAACAAGAAGAUGAGUAAAUUAGAAUGCACAAUAGUUCAUCUUUGUUUUAGAAAAAGAAGAAUCCUCAUCCUCCUUUUAAUAUUAAAGAAAAUAGAUUUAAUUAUGAUAAAAAAGAUGAUAAUUUGCCUGGUCCAGGUGAGUAUUUUGAUCCAAAAGAAAAAGUCUGGAAUAAAUCUACUUUUAAUAUUUUAUUCUAAGAAAUCUGA